GGCAACACGGCGCAAAACAGCUCCUGUUUCUGAACAGCCAGUGACGUCUGUUAAGGUAUCUGGGAAUAACAGAGGAGACCACAGCAGUUUCAAAGAUGCUUCCUAAGAGGGACCGGCAUGACCUGUUCAUCUUGUGUUGCUGCCAUAGAGAAGAAGCUGUUCGAAGCGAAAGGAGUAAAAUUUGCUCCGGCUGCCCUGUUGGCUCAGAAAGCAGAAAUCAGGUUUGACCCAACGCUAGUCCAACCUAACCAACUGGCUGAGCUAAUUAAUGACUUGUGAUUUGAAGCAUCUGUCCUUAAGGAAUUGCACACUCUGCAUGGGGAAGCUGAAUUUGUGAUAGGUGGCAUGACCUGUGCCUCAUGUGUUCAUGCCAUUGAGACCAACAUCUGCAAGCUUACCGGUGUCACAAGUGCGUCAGUCAGUCUGGCGACGCAGAAGGGAAGGUUCUUUUUUUCGACUCAGAGCCGACAGAGCCUCGCCAAAUCUUGGAAUGACUCAAAGAUUCGGAUUUCAAUGCGUAUCCAUUUACUGACCGCGAGCUACCCGAGUCAAAAGGAAGAAGUUAAAAAGUCAAGAAAUUCGUUACUGCUCUCUCUGAUGUUUGGUUUGCUGUCCAUCCUGCUCAUGAUGUACUACGUGAUCCAGCACAUGGUUUACAAGCAUGACAACGACUGCUGCAUACUUCCAGGGCUUUCAGACGAGAACUUCAUUCUUUUUCUAUUAGCUACCACAGUCCAGUUUGUUGGCAGCUGCUACUUCUACAUACAGGCUCGGAAGGCUCUGUUCCACAGGGUUGUCAACAUGGAAGUGCUCAUGAUGCUGGCAACAAGCAUCUCUUAUUUCUGCAGUGUCAUGAUUGUUGUGUACUUUAUGAUUAAUGGUGCGGACCACAGCCCAAACACCUUCUUUGAGACACCACCCAUGCUGCUCAUGUUCAUAUCACUCGGACGGUGGCUUGAGCACAUUACCAAGGGAAAGACAUCGGCAGCAUUUGCCAAGCUGAUUCCACUGCAAGCCACGGAGGCAGUUCUAGGGGAUGUGGAUGCCCAGGUGAACGUUACUGCUGAGCGAAACGUCAGCGUAGAAUUAGUCCAAAGAGGAGACGUGUUAAUGGUUGUGCCUGGAGCAAUGGAGGGGAGGGUGUGCAUGGGUCACUCUGUUGUUGAUGAGGCACUCAUCAAAGGCGAAUCCAUGCCUGUGCACAAGAAAGUUGGUGACCAGGUCAUUGGCGGUUUCAUUAACAGCAUUGCCACCCAUGUUGGCAAGGACCCAGCACUCGCAGAUUGUGUGGCUUGUUGAGGCCCAAAAGGGAAGAGAAUUAGUGUAAUCUUUCCUUUUACUUUUGUUUCCUUCUCUCAAUGUUUUUUUUCACAUACUUAUUCUGUGUGUGAAUAAAAUUUAGUUCCAGUUGGCACUCGUGUCUCCUUCUUCGUUGUGUGUGUGUGCGCUUCCAAUUCACCAUGAAUGUAUCUUUAUGUUGUUUGCUGGCAUCUUAUUUGAGGAAA